AUGAGUUACUUCCUGGCCUAUUGCAAAGCACACUGCAGUACUGUGCUCUCCCAGUACCAAAUGCUUAGAGCCGAAGGCUUGAUGUGUGAUAUUUUACUGAAGGUGAAGGAAAAUGAGUUUCCUGCACACAAGUCCCUGCUGGCCUGCUCCAGUGAUUAUUUCAGAGCUAUGUUCAAAAGCUACACAAAAGAAUCCAAAGCCAGUGUCAUUCACCUACAAGUCAUCUCACCCACCGGUCUCCAGCAUGUCCUGGAUUUCAUUUAUACCUCCUGGUUGCCCCUUUCUUUUGAGAAUCUGGAGGACACCCUGGAAGCUGCCAGUUACUUGCAAGUGACUGAGGCUAUUGGCCUGUGCAAUCAGUACUUGGUUAACAACCUGACCCUGGAAAAUUGCUGUUUUUCUGCCAACAUUGCCACCAAGUUCUAUCUUCCAGAUGCUUUGUCGGCGACAGAAAAAUACAUCAUCAGUAAUCUCUGGAAACUUUUGGAUUUGCAUUUCAUGGAGCUGCUCUUACUGAACUUCAGAUCGUUGAUGGCAGUGGUAGAAUCCCCUGACGUCCCUAUGGUGAACGAAUCCUGCCUCCUGAAUCUAGUGCUCAUCUGGCUGAAGCAUGAUAAAUCCAGGUUGAUUCACAGAAGCAACCUAUUAGAACAUAUAAGAUUUGGUCUCAUCCCAGUGGAAGAUCUGAGAAAAGUCUACACUCAGUCAGAAGUGUCUCUCACGACACCUAUUAAAUGCUUGAUCAUAAAAGCAAUAAACUACCAUUCGCUAGUUUUUAAACAGCCCAUCCUGCAGGAUAAGUAUAGCACCCUGAGAAACCAGCAAACGCGCAUCAUCCUGCUAGGAGGAGGGACUUCCAAUGAGGGACUGGUCAGCGAUGUGAUGGCCUUUGAUGUUUACAAUCACAAAUGGAGAACUCUAACGCAGGUGCAGGACAGAGUACAGAAUCACUGCAUGUGUGUGAUUGGAAACUACCUGUAUGUGCUUGGUGGGGAAACAGCAGAUUUGCAAAGUGACAUGAAAAGCACCAGCUUGUCAGUUACAAACAAGGUCCAUCGUUAUGACCCAAGAUUUAACAAGUGGACCCAAAUCACAGAAAUGCUUGAAAAGAGAUGCCAAUUUUCUUGUUGCAUCCUAGACAACAAGAUCUUUGCAAUUGGUGGGAGAGGCGAGACCGGAUCACUGCAUUCAUCUGUUGAAGUCUACAACAUUAGCAGAGACAGAUGGACAAAGGCUACAGAAUUGCCAUGCAAGAUGCAUGGCCAUGCCAGUACAGUUUGCAAGAACACGAUCUACAUCUCAGGUGGCAAAUACACAGAUCAAACCAACACAAGUAAGGAUGUGUUCUCUUUGAGCAGCUUGGAAGGACAGUGGAGAAAGCAAGCCUCCAUGAGCAUUGCUCGAUUUGGACAUCAGAUGGCAACGAUCAGAGAGGCCAUCUUCACAUUUUUAGGACUGUAUGAACCAUUCUCUGAAAUAGAAAGGUAUGACCCUGCCCCAAACCAGUGGACUCGCUUAAGGCCAUUGGUCUAUGACCGAUUUUGCUAUGGUCUGGCUGUGGUAGAGGAAACGGCACUUCUCAUUGGGGGAAAGAAAUGGCAAGACUCCCAGGAGGUGCCAACCCAAGAUGUGGUGGGUUAUGAUAUAGACAAUGAUUGCUGGGAAGAGAUUUGCAAACUUCCCUUACCUUGGUAUGGAUUGCAGUGUGCAGUGCUACAACUCUCAGAAUUGGCAGAAACUAAGGACACCCAAUAA